AUGGUUUUUUGUGCAUUCAUAUCUCUUCUUUCAUUCUUCAUCAUUCCGCUUGUGCAACAUGCAUGCGCAGGAAAACAUAAGGAAAGGAUCCCAAUUCACAUGUCUAUUUCUGAUAGGCUACCGAAUGGUAUUAUGUCUUCUCCAUCGUUGCUUGUUGAGGGUGGGCAGUUUUACUACGUGAAACGACCUAUUAUGAAUAAAUUUCGAAUGGGAGCCAUCAUGGAAGGAGGCGCAGUUAUUCUCCCCGGAUGUAAUAGAGAUCUGGACAGAUUCAUCUUUUUGGCGUAUAUAAAUAACAAGAUUUACAUUAGAAUAGUCGCCAAGUUUUUGGACCGCUUGGAUCAAGUACAAAGAAAGGUCUACGAAUUAGUGAGGGAGCAGAGUAAUCCUAGAUUCACGCAGUUGGUUAGGGAUUUGGUAAAUUUGGAUCUGUUAGCACAAGAGUUUGAUCCAAAGAUCAAUGUCUACGCGGAUGCUGCUACAAUGACCCGUAGAUUUUGCAUAAAAAGCGAAUUUAACAUAGAAGCAGUUAUUGGUGUAGUUACGUACGGAGGUCAGACUAUUUUGCGAGCGAACAGUGGUCUCCUGAACAGGAAUGUGAUUCUUGAAUUUGGUAAGCCAAGACAUAAGAUCAUCAUCUUGUCAACGUAUAAUGAUGGAAACUGUGUUAAAUCUGGUUUCAGAGAUACUGGAGAUGAAAGAGGGUUUGUACUCGAUGAAAUGAUUACCAGGCCCUUGUUUCUGCACCCUCGUGAUGAGGAUGUUACUAUAACUUGA